AUGCCACAGCGUUGCCACUACCGCCCGGCUGCCCGCACUCUAUUCUGGUCCGGACCAGAGCGCUGCAUGGACCGCAGACUUCCACAAAGCCUUUCUCCCAGCUCCUAUCCCGUGGGAGAAAGGAUGGAGUGGAGGGUGGGUGGGAUGGAGUUUGCCAGGGUGGGGCGCAGUGACCCGCAGGAAGAAACGGAAGCUGCACCAGUGCGCCGUGCUCACACUGGAAGGGUUUACACAGACUACAUUAAAACAAAGAAUCCUUCAGCCCCCCACAAGUUUAGGGAGGCACGGCCCAACUAA